GAAUUAAGCUCCUCGCUUCACCGAGGAUGUGCCGGCGCGAGGCUCCUCUUCUCAAGGUUUCUUUUAACUUUGUCGACGACCCUCCUCGCCGUCCUCACCUCACCACCCACCACUAGAGACUGUGAGACCGACCCAGUAUGGAUUCCGACAGGAGGGAUAACCCGGCCAUGAUCCGGAUGUGGCGCAUCUACCGCACCGCGAAAGAAAUGUGCAUGGAUAGAGGCUACCAGAUGCUGGAAGAAGACAUCAACAUCUCACUGGCCGAGUUUGUCGACCGCUUUGGAAAGGAGGGAGACCACGAACCCGACCGUUCUCGCAUGGGCUUCAGCGCGAAACCCAGCGAAGCCAUGCUGAUCAAAUACACCGACCCGCCCACCCCCAAGGUUCCCAACCCUCAGCCCCAGAUCGGCGAGAUCUGGAUCGACUUCAGCGGCGACGAGAACGUCGGCCUCAAGCAGUUGCGCGACUUCAUGCAGCACCUUGUUUCCACUAGCUACUACUCCGGCAUUCUCAUCACCCCGAAGCCCAUCACCGGCAUGGCCCUGCGUCUGUUGCGCGGCAGCACCCAGUUCGAGGACGGCCCACGCGGCGGCGUCGAGACGUUCGAGGAGCAGCACUUGCUGGUGAACAUCACAAAACACGAGCUUGUGCCCAAGCACGUGCUUCUGAGCAAAGAGGAAAAGGCGCAGCUACUAGAGCGCUACCGGUUGAAGGAGACGCAGCUACCUAGGAUUCAGGUCACCGAUCCGGUGGCCAAGUAUUUGGGGCUGAGGAGAGGGCAGGUGGUCAAGAUUAUUCGGAGGAGUGAGACGGCAGGCAGGUAUGCCAGUUACCGGUGGGCAAUAUGAAAAGGCACGAUCGUGCAGCGAGGCGUUUGGCAGCAUUGAAUCCUACUUUGGCUAGGGCUGGAGUUUAGGUGACUGGGAAUGAUAUUAGCUUGUAUCAAAAGAAAGUGAGUGGGGUCCUGCAACCUGGUUUCUUGGUAGGCGCUGGAUUGCGAGGAAAUGCUUAUCAGUAGGCUGGACAGAAGAAAAAUUUAUAUGAAGCUUUGAUCGUUAGGUACUUGUCAAUCCUAACAACAGACUCAGCGUCUGGUAUUUGACAGCAUCAGUUUCCAAGCUAAAU